AUGGCUGCUAGGACGCUCGACAUCCGCGAGGCCCAGGUGCUGGUGCACUACCCGGACGAGGAUCUGUCAUGGCACCACCGAGUGCUGCUGCAUCGGGUCGAGGGCGCCCUGUGGCUGGGGCUCACGCCUGAUCAUGAGAUUGCGAGGGUGGAUCUCGGGACCUUGUGGCAUCAUGUGCUGGAUCGGUCGUCGGCCUUCCCCGCCCAGUUCGCGCCGCUGGUGUACGCCUUCGAUCCGAUCGACGGCCAGACACUGCGAGACGCGAAGCGGCAGGCCCAGCGUCGGGCUGCCCUCCUGGGUGGUGGUGAGGCCGAGGACGCCGAGGAGUAUGUGCGGCUGCUGGCGAGUGUCACGGACGCGCGCUUCGGCGAGGCUGUGCCGGCCGACGUCAUCGAGGAUGGUGACAGGUGCGUCUCACUCGGCGAUCGGGAUGUCUGCAUGAUCGACGGGGAGCCGCGCUUUGUGGAGCUGGUCCCGCGAGGCGAGCGAGACAUCCGGGUGCAGUCAUGCCGCGAGGACGUCGAGGACAUCCGAGGGCUGGGGGACCACCGCUCACGCGUGGGACGGCGGGAUCUCGACUUCAGGGAUGCCGUCGAGUCGAUGCGGGAGGUGACCGUCGCUGACUGGCCCGACCAAGGGCCGUGGUCGUGCCUCGAGUACCUGAAGAGCACCGCGCUGGGGGCUGGCAACUUGCUGACCUACCAGGCGGAGCGGCAGCGGCUCAGCGGCGUGGCGGGUGACGGAGCUCAGGGACAUGAGCAUCGCUGCCACCUCGAGACGCUGCGCAGAGCGAUCUGCCACGACCAGCUUAACGUGGUCAACCUGACGUGCUUCGAGCACAUCGUGCGGCGGGCGAUCCAGGUCGAGAUGGCCGCCGAGAAGAACCCGCGGCACCCGGGCUUCAGCGGGCUGGAGGACGUGCUGGCUGGGGCGCGCUCAGUGAGCGGCUCGGCUCACGUGCCGCGGCACCUCGAGCACGUCACCAACCGCCAGAAGGAUCGCGCCCAGAUCCUCAAGCAGCAGAGGCUCUACCAGGAGGAGGCGACGAAGCGGCGGAGCGUGAAGGGCGACGGCAAGGGCGAGACGGGCGACGGCUCACGGGCCAAGCAGAAGGCGAAGGUGAAGAGAGGUGGCGGUGCCUGCGCGGUGGGCUUGGCCGAGCCUGCGUCUGGCGCGCACCGCCGUCCUGGAGUCAGCGAGCUGCCAAAGAAGUAUUGGUGGCUGGACGGCCACUGGCUCCACAACGACCCGUUCCCGCUCCCCAUGCAACAUGAGGAGGAGCGGCCGACGGGAGCAGCCAGGAGUGCUCUGGCCCACGUGGUUGCGGGGGUCAUUGGCUAUGGCGAGCCCCCUCGUGGAGCGACGCACGGUGAGCGGCCCCUUCGGGCGAUCCUCAAGUCCGCCGACCAGAGCGAGCUGGAGCCGCGGCACCUGGCGAGCUACGACCCCGACAAGCUGCAUAUCGCGUCCGGCGCGCUGCGGCCUGUCCCUGCGUCGGCCAUGCCCCCAGAGGCUGCUGCUGGCUACCUGAGGCACUUCGAGGGCCAGGUGGGGCUGGCCGCGCUGGAGCUGGAGGCUCGGCUGCAGACCGCCGGAGGGCUCCCGACACCUUACUGGGACCCCGCCCUCCGCGGAGAUCGGUCAGCUCGUCGUGAUUUUGUCCGCUGGCUGGCGGCGGCAGGAGCUGUGGGAUUCCGCAGGGCGAUCAAGAGCCGCUUUGGAGCUUUUUUCGCGCACAAGAAAUACGGUCGCAUUCGUUUCAUUUGCGAUGCUCGUCAGGCGAACCUCUGCCACAGACGGCCCCCGCGGACAGUGCUCGGCGGCCCCGCCUCCCUGAGCGAGCUGGACCUCAGCCCCCUCGCCGAGGCCCUCGGCGGCUUCGGCGGAGCGCUGGAGUUGCCCCUCGACCUCCACGCGUCGAGCGCGGAUGUGAAAGACUGCUUCUACCAGCUUGAGGUGGGCGGCGUCGCGAGCUGA